GUUGGACCUCCAGCUGCUUUCUGAGAUUUCGCCACCAUUUCGCUUAUAUGUAGGCUUCUAUUUAAAACUGCGUAAACGCGUGGACCUGAAGGAUUAUAGCAGUACGAUGUCGCUCCAGAAAGAAAUUUCAUCUGACGAGAGUCUGCAAGGUUCCUGGGUUGAACUGCAUUUCAGUGGCACUGGUUCUCAAAGUACUAGUCAUCAUGGAAGCCAGGAGCAAAUCCCCACGUCCAGCCAGGAGUGCGAGGUGGAGAAAAUGCUGCUAGAUGCACAGCACGAGUCAGGCAGGAGCAGCUCCAAAGGAAGCUCUCAGUGCAACAGCCCACUCAGAGCACAGACCCCCCUUCUUCUGUUGAGAGGCUCAGAGGGAAACAGCUCACAGUCAGAUGAAGACUUCCAAGAAAGAAGACGGGAGGUAGAGAACCUGAUGAAGAAAAAUGCUGACUGGAUCUGGGACUGGUCUAGUCGACCUGAGAACAGUCCACCAAAGGGGUUUCUGCUGAAGUACCCUAAGCGCUUGACCUCUCUCAGCAUCAGGAACACCAGCGUCAUGAAGAAGGGAGGCGUUCUCUCUGCCGAUUUUCUGAAGAUUUUCCUUCCCUCGUUAAUCAUUUCUCAUAUACUUGCUGUUGGCCUAGGGAUAUACAUUGGAAAGCGCCUAACCUCCCACAAUGCCUAUUAAGUCGGAUGAUGAUGUCUUGCGACACCUUUAUCACCUGUGAACACCUUGGAAUGCCUUAAAAUGGAACCUUAUGAAGACUGAGGAAUGUGACACGGUCUGAUUUGAUCACGUGCCCCACAUCGCCAACACCAGCAUGGAGAGUUAAAGAUAUCUCAUUGUUGUUUCAUGGAGUAUAGUCUUGAACACAACAUUGGCCAAUCCUCUGCUCUUUGCUGUAGCCCUUGUCCUGGCUUGGAAACACGUGUUUUGCUGCUUCCUGCUCCAUAAAUCUGCACAUUAGGGAACUGAUACAUGUUGUAUAUAACAGUCUUUUCUUUUUACAAUAAGAAAUUACUUGAUUUUAAUGAUUUACUGUCAACAGACAUUCCAUGUCCCCAGGGCUAGUCUCCGUGUCCAGAGAUCGGGUCGUCGGGGCCCCUGCCUUCGACUGCUGA